AUGGCGGCUGUCAGCCCCAGCGAGGGCUAUUCUGACACCCAAGGCACACCGAGCUCCCUUCCCGGCAGCCACGUCAUACCCAUGAUUGCCCCCAGCGAGAAGAAUGUCCACAAGAUCCCGCCCAUCUUGCCGCGCGAGAGAGUCUUUCCAAUCCAAAUCGGUAGCGAACUCUUCAAAUUAUCCGGAGCAUCGCUCUCUUCAGAUGCGCCGUCCUACUUUUCGCAAUACUUUCUCUGCCAGGUCAAGCAAGCCGAAGAGCACGGAGACGACAUAGGAAGCGCCAUUCGCACGCUAUAUAUUGAUCGCGACCCAGAGACGUUUCGCGACAUUGCGCUCCAUCUGCAGGGCUACCACGUCAUGCCUCGCGACGGCACGCAUUUCGUACGCCUCUUUGCUGAUGCGCAAUUCUACAGCCUCCCCAAGCUCAUAUCGCAGCUUUACGAAGAAAGCAUCUUCAUCUCCAUCGGGCACCGAGAAUUCCAAAUCCCUCGCGACCUCCUUACCGACCCGCGCAACUCGCCAAACUACUUCUCCCUCGGCUUCGCCUUCUUCUUCUCCCGCCCGGACAACCUCUUCCCCGGCCUCGACCGCGAGGGUCUCAUCCGGCCGCCGUCCAUCCUGCCGCCCACGGUGCCGAACCGCAACGCCGACACCUUUGCCGACCUCCUGCGCCUGCUGCGCGGGUACCCCAUCAACAUCCGCGACGAGACGCACCGGCGCGAGCUCCUCCGCGACGCCCGAUACUUCCACUUCAAAGGCCUGGAGCAGCAACUCCUCCCGCACUCCAUAGCGUACAACUCGGUCCGCGGCCACGACGAAAUCACUCUUCGCCUGGAGAACGUCCAAAAGAGCGGCAUCAGCAUCCUCCAGGACCACCAGGCAGAUGUCCCCGACGAAGACGGCAUCAACGCCAGCGUCAACUACGCGCGGCCCUACGUCGAUGACAAGCCCGCCGAGCUGGUGCUCGAGAUUGCCAACGAAUCAAGCAGGAUCCACUUCCUCCGCGACGGUCCGCGCCUCGAGCUCUUCAGGGACACAAAGACCCGCGUCGCCAAGCUGCUCGAGGUCAUCGCCACGAAGCUGAACCUACCGCCCACCACACAGCCGCUAGGCCUGCUCAUGGCCUCGGGCGGCGCGUCCUCGCAGCCCGCCACGCCCGGCAACACCCUGCUCAGCGAGGACUUGGUCCGCGUUGUGCUGGGCCCCGACGCCGCCGUCACCCUGGACGGUAGUGAGUACGACCCCAGCUUCACCAGCGGCCCCGCUUCCGACGACGCCAACGGCAACGCAGCCGGUCCGAGGAAGCGUAGGAGGAUCACGGACGGCAGCGACAAUAGCGAGACGUGGACCGUGGCCACGGGCCAGUGGAGGCUGCGGAUACAAGCUAGCAGCGGCGGCAAGAGCGCCGUGGAGUGUGUCUUUGCCGCUGUCAAACUAGAUUGUUUCUCUGACGAGAGGGGUCGGAAUUCCCGCAAGUCGUUUCUGGUGUCGUAG